UCGUCGGUCGUCAGGCGGAACAGCGUUCGAGUGUUGGUGUGUUUUUUUUUAAUAAUUAUCAGCGCCGUCAUUAAGAACUUUUGGCUCCUGUUGAAAUGUCGCUUCCCGCGGGUCAGUCGGAGUUACAGAGAGACAGAGGAGUUUUCAGCGGACAGACGGUUCCCUCUGACAACAGGAUUGACAUCGACGAGAAAGAGUUGGAAACCAUCACAAAGAAACACCGAGAGGACGACAGCGCGACGUUGCCGCUGCACUCCCCGUGGACCUUCUGGCUGGACAGAUCGUUACCAGGUACGACUGCUGCAGAAUGUGAAUCCAAUCUGAAGAAGAUCUACACAGUACAAACUGUACAGAUGUUCUGGAGUGUAUACAACAACAUUCCUGCAGUCACCAGCCUUCCUUUGAGAUGUAGCUAUCAUUUAAUGCGCGGAGAACGGAGGCCUCUGUGGGAGGAGGAAAGCAAUGCAAAAGGAGGCAUAUGGAAGAUGAAAAUACCAAAAGAAAGCACUUCUGCAGUUUGGAAAGAAUUGUUACUUGCUACUAUUGGGGAGCAAUUUGCAGAUUACUGUGCUUCAGACGACGAGGUUGUCGGCGUUAGUGUUAGCGUUCGAGAUCGGGAAGAUGUGGUACAAGUAUGGAAUACGGACGCCUCGCUUGCUAAUGAAGCAAAUAUUUUGGGAAAAGUCUAUGAGCUGCUCCCAUAUAUUUCUUUUAAAGCUGUUUUUUAUAAGUCUCACAUGGAUCACCACGCCUUUGAGGGAGGACGCUCAGGACAUUAGAUUGUAUUGCACUUUUAAAAAUUGGAACUCUGUAGAUCUGUGGAUGUAGCAGCCACAAGCUAGUCAAGGAAAUCAUAUUGGAGUCAGCAAAGCAAUGUUUUCACUAUUUUAUUAUAACUUUUCCUGACUGAUGUUUUUUUUUUUUUUUUGAGUCCUGAAAGUGUGAAAUGGGAGAAUGUAUGAGGCAUAAAUGUCACUGAUUUUGUUGUGGGUUUGAUUUUGCACUGUAUUGGACUGCACUGUCCCAGUCCUGUCCUCUGCACAGCCUCUUGGCCUCACUGGUUGUUUUAGCUGUCAAAGUAGCUAUUUCCUAAUUUGGUCUGUUGUUAGCUGUUGGAUAUAUAACAUAUUUCAUUUUGUGUUAUGUUUUAAAGUCUGCUUAUUGUGUGCCAAAGCACUUUGUAGCCAGUGAGAGCAUUUGCAUCCCACUGAAGAAGUACCGUGUCCACCUGUA